CAGUCUUGAACAGGCCCCUGGGCCCGUUCCACGAAGCGAUCUUAGCCCUAAGAUCAACUUAAGUGCAUAGGGUAGCUAUGCGCUUACGGUAAUCUUAGGUCUAAGAUCGCUUCCUGGAACGGGGCCCUGCUGGAUAGCUGAAUAUUCCACUGCAAAAUGUAAGGACAGCGUGCUUGAACCUUAAUUGGAUAGAAGCACGAAAAUAACGGGGGGUGUACGCCUACGGAGCUUGGGUGGCGUGAGUAAAUUCGUUGUGCAUACUGGGAUUUUAUUAGGGCAUUUGCAGCCAUAGUAGUGUACAUCCAUGCGCGAGUGCAGGGAUGGGGGAAUUGUGAUAAACACAAACACGUGUGUAUUAAACUUAUUUGUAUAAAUAUUUAUAAAAUUGUCCAAUCAGAAUACAGAAUGACAUCACUAUUCAAGGAAACUUCUAUUUUGAGUUCCGGUUUCUUGGAAGCACGUUGCAAUGUCAACAACAUGAUAAACAACAAGGGAAAUGACUUAUGUCUAAAUAUACACGUUGACUCAGGCAGUCUUAGUGAUAAUCGGGUGCACGCCUCGGGAUCGCUAUAAAACAACUAUGGCUGAAGCAAAUGCUCACUUACUAAAUUGUGUUGAAGACGAAAGAAUGGAGCAAACCAACGUUUCCACCGAUCAAACUACCGUCAACCCCUUGGAAAGAUUACUACAGAGGCAACGCAGUGAAAUUAUGAAUGAACUGAGAAACAUAGAGGAAGGCGAAAGACCCGUUACUGGUCGGGAUCACCGUGGCAACAUCAACAGUUUCUUUGCCAAACAUCUCGUAGAUCCGGCUGGCAGCAGUGGCAAGGAGAAUGUCCCGUCCAACGUUGACCGCGUUGAAGAGCACCGCCCCGAGUCGGUGGUGGUGGAGGUGCAGGGGCUGUUCGAACAGCACAGGGUGUCAUCCAUACUACAGUCCGCUUCCUUCAGACGUCAGCUCGAGUCCGCCAUCAGAGGAAGCAUCACUUCGGCUUCAAGGCAGAUGUCAAGUGCCUCUCAGGCGUCACGUCGAAGCAGAAAUGGAUUGAGAGUUGCCUCCCCUGCCCAACCGAGCACGUCUCAGCAGGUGGCAGAUGAAGUAGGUCAGUCGAGAUUACCACAAGUUCCAGUAGCGCCACCUCUUGAAAGUUUAGCAGCAGCAGCAGCGACAGAUUCGAUACCUCCCCAUCACUCGAGAGCUUCCAGUCAUGAUAGUGUAGUGUCUGUGGAGUCAGCAAACUCAGCUAGUGAAGACUCCAACUUUGAUGAAGUUUCUCCAGCUGACAUUGGUGUGUGGAGACCAGUGAUUGAAAGCCCUGCCGAGCCGCUGACGUGGGAGAAUGUGAGUCAGAUCCAGCGCGAGGAGCUGGUUGAAGAGAUCAGUGAGUUGCUCCACCACCGCCUCGUGUCGUCCACACUCGACGGGGAGUUCCGAGGACUGCUCGAGAUCCACAUGCAGAAUCGCCUACAGAGCACAGAAUUCGAUGGUGAAAAUGUGGCUAACUUUGUGCGGUCGCUGCCACGAAACCAACCAAUCCUCCACAAUGACUUCAGCCAUCUUGGACUGCAAGGUCCAACAGAUAACCUUGACAACAUCUCCGUGACCAGCCUGAGUGCCACAGCUGUUCCAUAUACUCAUAGUAAUUUGUAUCUAAGUCGUGAGAUAAAGAGUCUGAAGGCUCAGAUGGUAGAAAUGAAGAACAUGAUCAAGUUGAACUUUGACCUUUCACUCGACAUCCAGCGUGCUGUGCGACAGGAAGUUGCUGCUGGGAUUGCAAUGGCUGCAGGUGAAAAUGCUGCAGCAGCAGCCACGGCCCCGGCGUCAGCCCGUUCGAUGCCAGUGAACGACACCCACUGUGUGGUCUGUCUGGAAAACUUCUCCGACUCCGUGCUGUAUCAGUGUGGACACAUGUGCGUCUGCUAUGCCUGUGGGAAACAUCUGCUUUCUCUCGGAUCGAAGUGUCCCAUGUGCAGAGCACCAAUCAAAGACAUCAUCCGCGCUUACAAAUGUGCAAACGAAUGAACAGAGAAAGUGAAAAUGCUAUGCAAGAAUUUAUUCACUAAAUACAUAUAUGUACAUAAAUAAAAGAGAGUUCACCAGGAAAGGCUUGUGGUCACUCCACACUUGCCUGGAAAACUUUAGCAGAGCAGCAAAUUGAUCAACUUGCAAUAAUUUAUUUUAAUGAAUUUCAUUUGAAACUUCAUGUGACUGCUCACAUGGCAUCAUUAAGGAGAGUGAUCUUCAGCUCGCCUUGAUUUUACUCCUGAUGAAGACUGUAAAUAUAUCUAUAUGACAAUGAUGUAAUCAAAUUUAAUGCGCCUAUUUUAUGAGCGAACCAGAUGUUAUGGAAAUUGUUGGUGUAUUUAUUAGAAGUAGAUUUUGAUUUAAUUUGAUUUUUUACAAACCUUUUUGUGUGGGUGGGAGGUAGCCUACCUAACAAGUAAAAAUGGAUCAAAAUGACAUUGGACUUUUUCAAAACUUUGCAGCAUCUGUAUUACAGUGUAAUAAAAUUAAUGAUAUAUUCUAGGUGUGAACCAAAGGUAGAUGUUCUGGGAUGGUUUAUAUUGGUAGGUUUUGAUUGAAUUUAAUUUUCUGCAAAUGUUUCUGGGUGGGAAGUAAAUUGAGUAGACAUGAAUGAAAAUAACACUGGAUACUUAGAAAAAUCUGCAUGAUGUUAAAAAAUCGAGAGUAUACCAAGUUGGGUGAUCUUUUUUCUAUCAUUUGUGUUUUAAUAUUAUAUUUCUAAUUUAUUUAUCAUGUAGUUCUAAAAAUCUGAAUUUUCAUCGAAGAAAUAGAUGUUAUUUUCAUCAUGAUGAAUACUAAAUUCAGGUAGCUGCACAACUUAUUAAUAAAUUGUUGAUACAUUGGUGUAAUAAAUUUGCAAUAAGUUA